AUGGUGGGAGAGCAACAUCUUCCGUUUGUCCUCUACGCGGUAUGCAUUGCUGUGCUUCUUGCUCAAGGAAGUCAAGGUACCAUGAAGUAUUUGCUUAUUGAAAUGUUUUCAGAAUAUGCUUUUGAAUGCUGAUAUUUGAUGGUCAUUUUCUACGGUAAAAUUCAUGAAAGAUUCAUUUCAAGAAAGAACGUAGGAAUCGGGGGUGGGGCGCGCAAGGAAAGCCCAAGUUACGGAACUAUGUUCAAGGCCAUUGCGCUCAACGCGUUUUGAAAUUAUUAAAAAAAUAUUGCAGCCACCGUAAAUAGCCAAGAGGCAUCGGGAGCUUACUUUUACUAAGACACUUUUCUUCUCUUAUAGCAAUCAGUUUCAAAGCUGGAAAAAACAACAUCACUGUCAAAAGUCCAGGGUUGUUCGCUUGUGAGACAAUCACAUUCGCUGAAUCGUUCUCUGGUGGAAAGCAAGUAAAAGUGUUUGCUGCGUUUGGUCACUCGGUUAACAACCAGGCCCGUGGUAAUGGUGCUUCUAUUUGGGUGGAAUCGGAAGAUAGAACUCAAUUCCGCGCUUGUAUCUACGAGUACAGCAACGGCUCAAAUUCAACUGCUGAGAUAAACUGGCUUGCCCUACAAUCUGCUCCCAAAGGAGCACAACUAGGAACCACUUCCUUGGACUCUUGGACUACCGGAACAGAAUGUAAGAAGAUCGUCUUUCCUCAGGUACGUUCAAUUAUGCUAUGAUUACCUACAAAGUGCCUAUGCGGAAUUAAUCUAAAAAAAGGCAGAAACUGGUCAGUCAUGUAAGGUAUAGUUGAAAGAUGUAACUCAAGACCGCAAAUGCGAUUCUUGUUAAGGAACUUAACCAGCUGUUCAAUCAAUAAAUUGACGUCACUUAAGUUUCAAGUUCAAUUACCUAUAGUACAAUGUACGUGCUAUUAUGCACAGACGUCAUGAUUUAACAGGAAAUGACGAUAAAAGUCUAAGAAGGGAAAUUUUUAGAUUGUUUUAAUUUCAGAACGAUUAAUACAAUGAAACAGCUUACUUUGUACUAUGAUCUUUUGUUGCGCGGCUCUCCCUCUUUUGUUUUCCUGUGUUUUGUUUGGAUGUUUUUUUUUUUUUUUUUUAAACAUGCAGUAUUAUAACUAAGACAGAUGUCCACUCCAUGACCCACACUAUCCCACUCAUAUUAUCACCUACCCCCACUCCCCGACCUCAAACCCUCUCACUCUUUCAUCCGUAUUUGAUUAAUAUUACACUCUCAUAUACGCGAGUCGAAAAGCAAUAAAACAUUGGCAUUAGAAGUCAGGCUUACGCUCGCCACCGUAACUCUAUUUAGAGAAUCUUUCAUGAAAUAUAAUCAUUAAAGACAGUACACAAACUGAAAUUAAACUAUUUAGGAAAGAUAUUAGGAGAUAUAACUUUUAUUUUUGGCCAAAUUCGUUUUGUAAUUUAAAUAACUUUACACAAAGUAAUUAUAUUUUACGAUAGCUGGUACUGUUGGUAAAAUAUUUUUUUGUCCUUUUCUCACGGCUUCAAUGUGAGUGUCUCCUUCCAAAAGAGGUUUUUUUUUCUGUAUGUGGGUGAAAGUCCGCGCGUAUAAAUAAAUCAGAAAGAUUCUUGUUGUUAUUGUUGCAGCUGCUGCUGCUGUUGUUGUUGUACAGAGAUGAAGCACUGUUUACUACGGUCUCUGAUUAUAAUUUUUGGUGUUUACACCAUGAUGAAUGAGCUGUAACUUUCCUUUGUCUUUUUUUUUUUUUUUCAGGGUCCUUUAACUCAUUCAUAUUUUUUCUUUCCUUAUUUAAAGCGUUUUGCGACUCCUCCAAUCGUACUUGCGACUCCUAGUCACCAGUUUCCUGAGAGACCUCAAGACGCCAUGGCAGUGUGGGUGGAGGAGUUGACAGAAGACAGUUUUAAAAUCUGUCUUAGGGAAGUGAAGGUUUUCGACGGACUUCACAAAGGCAUUACUAUUGUAAGCAGGGUUAAAAUACUGUAUCUAUUUGUAUCGACUUGUCUUAGCUACGCAUAUAUUGUAUUGUAUACAAAUUUACCAGAAUACUUACAAAAUAAUUAGUCGAACUGACUAUACAUUUUUAGUUUCGAAAUAUCAUUCCUCACAGUUAUUCCUCUAUUAGUGCCCGGACAAAUAUGUGUAUGAAAUACCUACAGUUAUAAGAAUGUAAUUGAUUCUAUUAGAACAACCCUCAAGACAUUUGGUGAAAAAAGCAAACAAAAACCAAAUUAAAAGAAACAAAAACUGUGCAAUGGAAUCUCUGUUACCACAUGUGUACACGAGUAAAGGCCGGUACUCAAAUUAAAUCUUACCAUAAGGUUUUAUAAAAUGAUAUACUUAGGUUAUCGACUCAGUACUCGUUUUAUUAAAUUAUAAUCAGGUUCCUACGGUAAAACCUCUAUAGGGAAUGGUCCCAUUCCUUGGAUAACUGCAUGACUCACUAACCUUUAAUGACGUUUUUUUUCGUUGUUGUAGAACUGGAUAGCUUAUACAAACC